GCCCGAAUGCAAAACGUGAAUAUGUCCGUGGUGGAUUCGCGUUCAUACGGUUGUCGGGCUUGUUUGGGCUUGGCUAUUCCACCUAGCUGGAGUUUCCGAACGGACAAUCUCAAACCGUACGCGUAAGCUGUUAGCUAUCGAACGUAGUUAUCAUCCAAUCCAGCUGGUUACAUUUUUAUCUAUUUGUCACAUUGUGAUGUUGAGCUAUCAGCAGCUAGGCUAGCUAACUAGCCAUAUCCUUUCAAAGCCAUCAAAAUGAGUGGCUCUCCAGCAUAGAUAUCUGGCUACUGUGAUUAGAGAUUUAGCUAAACCGGAGGAGUUAAGUUGAGUCGCCACUUUUUAAACUGGUGAUCAGUUUCCGUGACAUUAACGGCAUUUUCUCGGCAAAGAGGAUGUCUAAACGUCUCAGGAAUAGUGAGGUUUGCGCGGACUGCAGUGUUCCAGAGCCUCGCUGGGCGUCGGUGAACAGGGGCGUGUUGGUCUGCGACGAGUGCUGCAGUGUCCAUCGGAGUCUGGGCAGGCACAGCUCCCAAGUCCGUCACCUGACGCACACCACAUGGCCGCCCACCCAGCUCCAGAUGGUUCAGACAUUAUACAACAAUGGGGCCAACUCGAUAUGGGAGCACUCUCUCCUGGACCCCGCGUCUGUCAUGAGCGGGAAACGCAAAGCCAACCCCCAGGACAAAGUGCACCCAAACAAAACGGAGUUCAUCAAAGCCAAAUAUCAAAUGUUGGCUUUUGUUCACCGGAUGCCCUGUCGAGAUGAUGACAGUUUUACAGCUAAGGACCUAAGCAAGCAACUUCACUCGAGUGUCCGCACAGGUAAUCUGGAGACAUGUUUGAGGUUACUCUCUCUGGGAGCCCAGGCUAACUUCUUUCACCCCGAGAAAGGGAACACGCCGCUGCAUGUGGCUGCCAAGGCGGGCCAGGUGUCUCAGGCGGAGCUGCUGACGGUGUACGGGGCCGAUCCCGGGGCCCCAGAUACGAGCGGAAAGACCCCCAUCGACUAUGCAAGGCAAGCUGGGCACCAGGACUUGGCAGAGAGGCUGGUGGAGAUCCAGUACGAGUUGACCGACCGUCUGGCUUUCUAUCUGUGUGGGAGGAAACCUGAUCAUAGAUGUGGCCAACACUUCAUAAUUCCCCAGAUGGCAGACAGCAGUUUAGAUCUGUCUGAACUCGCAAAGGCAGCCAAGAAGAAGCUCCAGUCGCUCAGUAAUCAUUUGUUCGAGGAGCUGGCGAUGGAUGUGUACGACGAGGUGGACCGGAGAGAGACGGACGCAGUUUGGUUAGCGACGCAGAACCACAGCACCCUGGUGACGGAGACCACAGUGGUGCCUUUCCUUCCUGUGAACCCGGAAUACUCGUCGACACGAAAUCAGGGACGACAAAAACUUGCGAGAUUCAACGCGCACGAGUUUGCGACUCUUGUCAUCGAUAUACUGAGCGAUGCAAAACGUAGACAGCAGGGGAAUUCUAUCACGGGUCCUAAAGAUAACGUGGAGCUGAUCCUGAAGAGCGUGGGCAGCCGGCACGGCAGCGAGAGUCAGGACAACGACCAGCCCGACUAUGACAGCGUGGCCUCGGACGAGGACACGGACCAGGAUCCCUCCUCCUGCAAGGGAGACCGCACCAAGAGCCUGGACUCAGACCUGUCGGACGGGCCCAUCACGGUGCAGGAGUUCCUGGACGUGAAGAACGCCCUGUCUGCCUCUGAGGCCAAGAUCCAACAGCUGCUGAAAGUCAACAACAACCUGAGCGAUGAACUCAGACUCAUGCAGAAAAAGCUGCAGUCUCUGCAAAGCGAGAAUACCUCUCUGAGGCGACAGGGCCCAGCCAGUAUGUAUCAGGUCCCCGGCUCGUCCAGCCACCCCGACCCCUCCAGCCCCUCAGCCUUGAAACGGCGGCAGGCUGCACAGUCCAGCCGGCCCAUGUCUAUGUAUGAGACUGGCUCCGGUCUGAAGCCCUGCCUCCCCAAAGGGGAGACCCCGUACCCAGAGGAGGGCAUCCCCACCCUGCAACCUUUCCCUCCUCAUGUAAGUAAGACCUGCAACCCUGCCUCUGCCACUUCCUCACCCUCCUCCCCAGUCUUGUCCUCCACGUCUCUCUGUCUCUCUCUCCCCCCUCCCUCCACAUCCUGUCUGUCUGCAACAUUCCUUCCCCCUUUUUUGCCCCUCCCCUCAUUCUCUCGCUACGGGUUUGUUGGAUGAAGUUGGCGUAGGGUUAUCUCGUAGCUGGGAGGUAGUGAUCCGCCCGGACAAUGCCAGACGUGAGAGUCCCACAGCUAGUCUCAUACAGUAUCUGAACGCCUUCAUUCGUUACUGGAGUUUUACCGGUGUUACUAUGACUACUUUUUCUGUUCAGGUAGAUUUAUAGGCAUUUCUUUCCACCAUUGUUCUGAUCUAAAGUAUUUUAAAGGUUUGUAUGUGUCAUUUCAAAUACGCAUUAAACAACCCAUACAAAUGGUU